CACACCGCACCCCUGUCAUCAUCAUCCCACAUUCAUUUCGGAAAUCGAAAUAAAAAACAAAUGAAAACAGUAAUAAAUGAACUAAUUGAAAUGGAGUUACAUUUAUAAAAAAACAAUGCUAUUAACUAGUGAUAUUGUUAACUAACGCUUGGUAAAAUACGUCAAUAUAAGGAUUCAAGAUGUUUAAAAGCCGUGGGGACAUUGUUUAUAAAUGCACAGUACGGCUUUUAGAGGAUACCGAGAUAUUAGAAUGCGAAUUUCACCCAAGCUACAAGGGGAAAUACCUACUGGAGUAUGUGUGCCAGCAACUGAAUCUCACAGAGACCGAUUACUUUGGUUUGCGAUAUGUGGAUGCGGGGGGACAGCGGCAUUGGCUGCAUAUGGCAAAGUUGAUACUGAAGCAAGUAAAAGAUGCGUCUCCAAUACUAUUUAGUUUUAGAGUAAAAUUCUAUCCCCCAAAUCCGUUACUCCUGAAAGAAGACGUGACCAGGUUCCAGAUCUAUUUACAGCUGAAGAGAGACCUGCUACACGGCAGGCUCUAUUGUACGUCCAAUGAAGCUGCAAUGUUAGGGGCACUUAUAAUACAGAUUGAGCUGGGAGAUUAUGAUCCAAGCAUACAUGUUGGAAACUAUGUGACUGAAAUGAGGUUGCUUCUGAGACAGACUGAUGCUAUUGAGGCUAGAAUACAGGAGUUGCAUAGAGAGCCAGUUGAAGGGACGCCCGGCGGCGGUGGCGGCGUCAAAGGCAUGUCCACGCAAGAAGCUGAGAGGACCUUCCUAAAGAUAGCCUGCCAGUUAGACACCUAUGGUGUUGAUCCACACCCUGUGAAGGACCACAGAGGCAACCAGUUGUACUUGGGCAUCAACCACAGCGGGAUUCUAACCUUCCAGGGCAGCAAGAAGACGCACCACUUCAAGUGGAAUGAGGUCCACAAGAUCAACUUCGAAGGCCGCAUGUUCAUAGUCCAUUUGAAUUAUCCAGAAAAAAAACAUACAGUCGGCUUCAAAUGUCCAAGCGGUGCAUCGUGUCGGCAUGUGUGGUGUUGUGCCAUUGAACAAAUGCUGUUUUUCACAUUGCCUUCAUCAUCGGACGCGUGCGUUUACUCUGGCGGAGGGUUAUUCUCGUGGGGCACCAAGUUCAAGUAUGUGGGCCGCACCGAGCGAGAGAUAUUGGAACGCGACGGUCUCCUGGCACCGAGGGACUCUCAGGAAGGUUCAAGUACAGGCGGCAAAAGAAAAGCUUCGAGUGUACCUGCCACGCCAUCUACUCCGAUGACUGGUGAUUUUGGCUACAGCAGCCUGCCUCGGUCCACGCACAGCGCUCCACUUGAGGAGAGCAGCAUCGGCGCUUCGGGCGAGGCGUGCAACGGCGGCUGCCUGCUCAGCGGGCCCGCCGUCGACAUCGCGCUCGCCUGCUGCGACCACCGCGCGCCCGACGACAAGCCUCACACGUGCGCCGCGGACUACAGCCUGCGCGACUCGUUCGAGCACUCGUCGUCGGAGUCGGGCGUCACCACGCACAGCCACGCCGCCGCGCCGGCCGCAUCCAACGCGCCCGCCGCGCAAGCCGGCGUGGCCGCAGCCCCUCGCGGCUUCAGCUUACUUCGCGCGUUCGUACCUUCAUUCCUCUUCGUGUGGGCGUGGCUAGCGCUGGCAGCCCUACUGCUCUUCGAGACAGAUUGGGCGCCCCUACGAGACCUCAAACGGCGCCCCGACUUGCGAGCACUAAGGCGCCACUACUACGCGCCGCUCAAAGAAUACCUGCGGCGGAAACUUCUGGAACUGUUCUGAUUCGACCCGAACAGUCGCCGGCAAAGACGCCGGCUGGGCUGGCGCUACGAGGAGUAGCGGGAUUUAUCAAGACUGUUACCGAAACACGUUUUCUGUACAGUAUGGCAUCCUCAUGAUAAGGUAAUGAAAAACUCAACUUAUUGUUAUCGAGUUACAGAGGAGUUUGUAUGAAAAAAAUCUACUUAACUAUAAUUUAAAGCCUACAUGAAGAAAAUGACAGUAACUAGUUGGAUAGUGUCAUUGUGUUGGUUACAGAUAGCCGUCUAGAGACCAAAGGCACCAGAUUUUAAAACAAAAAAUAUCAGAUCUGUGUCGGAGAACUAUAGUCGGUGAAAACGGUCUUGCUAUAAAUGCCGCUAUUCCUUGUAGCCCUUCGCAAAAUACGAUAGACUUGUCGAAAGUCGCCACACAUCGUCCCAAGUCGGUGCCCGUGGCUGUAAUAUUUUGUAACGUUGUCAUAAUCACUCGCUCGUGUCAAUUUUGUACAGAAAACUGUUUCUGGUAUGAUUGUGAUGACGAUACGAUAAAUUAUCCAUAUCUCCAUAUUACUCUCGCCACGGGCACACUUUUGAUGUAAUACGCUUUUUCAUAGUACAACUUGACUUCUAAGCUUAGGUAUUUCUGUAGACUUAACUCGCACAACGUUUCGUGAUACUUUACUUCUCUUAACGUUUUUCGUUUACGCACGUUUUUUCCACGAGUAAUUCCAUUUCGCAUUACUUUGUAGUUUGUUUACAACUUUAAAAUAUUAGACAUUGAAUUCUUCUGGAAAUAAAUAACUAUGAAUACCGAAUCUGUCCAUUACAUGCAUGAAUUAAUACUUAAAAUAAUAUAUUAAAAUACUUAUGUAGUUAAAUAUUCCAGAUUAAAGAAAGUACCUGAUACACUUGCGUCGUUUAAAGCUAUGAACGCUAUAAUUUUAACAGUUUUCAGAAAUACUUGUUAUAUUUUUUAUUUAGAAAUAGGAAAACUGUCUUUUCAUAAUUUUAUUUUGUUUAAAAAACAAUUUAUUUAUGUGCUAUCCUAACUUCUAUCCUAUUCUAUUUGAUAUCACGAAUCUCUUGUUUAAGUAUGAGUUUGUUUGUGUACUUAUUUUUACAUUCCAUUUAUAUUAGUCUUCCAGAUAGUUUUUAUUUUAUAAAUAGUGUUAUGAACACAAUGUUCAGUGACCUUAUUUUUGUGUUGUGCCAUGACCAUCUUUUGGGUUACCUAGUCUUAUUUUCGUAUAGUGAUAUAAAAAUGCACAAAUUAUGUAGGUAUAACAAACGCGUUUAUAUUAAAAAGAAAAUAUUUAUUGUCAUAAUUGUUAAGUUUAGUUUUUAUUUGUCGUUUUCUCAUUUACAUGAAGCUAUGCUUGAAUUAGUAUUUAGUUCUAAUAUAUUAAAUUUAUUUCACCUUAACAAAAGCAAAGAUAUUUCAACCACAGUUAAAAUAUGACCUCAGGUUGAGAAAGAUGGGUUUAACAAUGCUAUUUGAUUGGCUUCUUUAAGCGUUUGUAUAGCGUUACAAUAUUUUAUGAUUCCUACAGUACAAAAGUGAACGCGUUAUAACAGCAAUGACGUUGUAUUAGUUUAAAUAAUGUCUUAUGAUGUAAGAUGCAGUGCUAAUAGUCUUCAUUAAAUAUAACGUAAGAUAGUUUUUUGGUUACAACAAUAAGGCCAUAAUUUUUCUAUUUGACAAAAAAACAAGAAGUUGCCAAAGAAUUUGUAAAAAAAACCCGCCUGUAUAGAAUCUCAUGCAUCAGCGCUUUUCUAUGUUCAUAAUCAUGAAUUCGUCAUUGUUUUAUCGCGAACCCUCUAUACAUGGACAUGCUAAUUUGAAAAAGGUAUCAAAACAAUACAAUAACAAUGAGAGAGGUUAGUGCAGAUCGUGUAGAUUUUAAUUUUAAUUUCUUAUAUAUCUUUAUUUAUUACAUAAUCAAAUAGCCACAUAUUAUCACACUGUUCAUGUAAAGUAAACUUCGAUAAAUUGUUGAACGUAGGUACAUAACUUAAUUUAUUAUUUUAUAUAAAUAGUUAUAAGUUAAAUAGGUCACUGCUUUCUUAUGCUGUUGAAGGAAUUGGAAUAUUUUGUCUUAUAUCAUACAUAUUUACUUGAGCAAACUAUUAUGUUAUUUUUAAAUGUUUAAUGAAUUGAACGUUGUUAUUGCCUUAUUAGUGUGAAGUAGGUUUAAUCUUUAAAGCAAAUGUUAAGACGCUUACUGUUUCUGCCUAGUCACAUAAUGCAUUUUUAAUGGACUUACGUAUUGUUUCUCUUUAGUUUUUAAUUGGAAACUAUGUCCACGCAAUGCUAUAAUAUAAUUUAAUAUCUACAGAAAAUGUGCAUCUUCUAUAUUAUUUUUCUAGCUUAAUUACAUCUAUAAAGUAAUAAAGGCUGCAUAAACACUAGAUGGGCAAAACACACUGUCCUGUGACCCAAAUUAACCCUUCUAAAUUAGUCUGUUAUACAAAUAUUGUUAUAGUUUUGCAUUGACAUAGUUUUAUAUAAAAUUAUUUUCAUUAUGUUAACUUAUUUUUUGCUUCCAUCAGUCUAAUAACUUCCUAUGCGUUAGGGCAUACGCUAAAACUCCUGCAAUAGCAUAGUGCUGAGUUUUAGAGUAUGCCCUUACUUUAUUUUACAAGUAAAAUAUGUUACAUUCGACGGUACUGUUAGUUAGGAUGUACUCAAAAUGCCAGAUAUUGUAAGUGUUACAAAUUGCCAGUGUAUAAAUAUGAUGUAACCAGUAAGAGCAUUGUGCUAACAAAAGUAAUUUAGGGUGUGCUUUAAAUUGUUAGUGUACCUCCACUAUGACUGUCCACUGACUAUUGUAUAGUAAGGGUACAUGACACCAAACGUUUGUCGAUAGAGAUGUAGAAAAUAAACAGAAGCGCGAAACGUGAUUAUUGUCUUGAAGCAGCACUAUUUAGUACAAAUUCGCAUUUGUUGCAUUUAUAUGAUACAGAUAGGUGUCGGUAAUUAAGUAGACAUUGGUGUCAUGUAUCCUAUUGUAGAACAUUGGUAACAUUGUACUAUUUUUUCUCAAGAGGCAUUCAUUUAAGUAGAUUAAAAUUUACAAAUUCAAAGCACAUAUUAAAAGUAGCUUGAUUGUAGUUUUGGUAGCAUAGAACGUUUCUUUUUCUCGAGGACCAACAUAAGUUCAUACCAAAUGAAAUUUAUUUUUAUAUCGCUAUUGCUUUUCUAAUUCGCGUUGCCGCUGGAAACGUCAGUCUGUGAAAUGUGAUCUAUACUUAUUUUGUAUGAGAGCUGCAAAUUCUGGAUCCAGAUAAAAACUGAAUUUGCAGGUCGAGGUCAAUCUCAAACUCGUUCAUUUCAUUCGUGCUUUUAGACUACAGAUUUGAACAAAACAUAGGUUUAAACAUAUUAAUUUGUACUUAAGAUUUCGAGCAUAAACAACCGUAAUCUGUAAGACGAAUAGCUUCUACUUCAUAAAACGAUUACUAGAGAUUUUAAUAAAACAAUCUACCAAAAUAAA